AGGACACGUGUACUGGCUAGAAGCGAGGUAUCGCCUGCAGGGCUGAGAAUGACAGGUUCAGAUGGAUCAAAUUCCAAACUGGAAGACACACCCUCCAGACAACUGUGCAGGGAAGAAUUUUUCCGGAAUUUCAGUAUCUCCUAAACAGCUAUUGACUUGUUUAUGUUGCCUUACAGAGGAAGGGCUCCUAGUCCAAAUCAGAUAGUGAUUUUAUGUUCCAUACACCCCCAUUCUCAUCUGGCUUUGUUUUACCGAAGCACUGUUAGACCAGGAAGACAUUCAGAUGUUCUCAACGAUGAGAUCAAAUUUUAGCUUUGCUAAUUCCCAUGAAACCUAGCGUAGGUUGUAGAUGCAUUAGCCAAGCACUGAGAGAAGAUUUAGCCCUUCAAAGUUAGAGACACUAUUGUUUCACCCAGCGCCACUGAAAUGCCACCGCCUCUGCCACCGAGCUGACGCAGAACUGCCGCCCGUGGCACGCAGCGCUCGCUGUGCUCUAGGACCCUACUCACAAGAGUUUGGGCCUAGGAUAUCUGAAUAAGAAGAAAAAUGUGAUCCAUACAAUCAGGCACUCAGGAGAAGAAUAUGAACAUGACACAAUGCUGUGGUAAGAUCUGCCCUUCUAGCAGUGACUCAAGAGGAUAAAGACAGUGAUAUCUGCAAGCUGCUGUUCACACAGACAAAGGUUCUUCUCUUCAGAAUAAAUGAAGAAAGUGACUAUGAAAGCACAGCAUCUACCUUCUGUUUCCAUCAAUGAGGAGAAGUUCAUCACCAGAGAGCAGCUCAGUUCUCUUCUGAAGACUUACAACUCUUACUAUUCUGAUCAGGAAAAUCUGCAGCUGUCACAUAAUCAGGGAGAAGGCUCCAAACCAUUUAUUGAAGGAAUCUUGUCAAUAUUUUGGGGAGUCCGACAUCCUAUCCAAUUAAAAAUUCAGGAUGAGAAGCAGAUAGCCUCUUUUGUAACCCUGAAGUCAACAGAAAACGUGGCUUUGUUCCCCAGUAAAAGGGGAAUGACACGCUGGGGAGAAUUUGAUGAUCUACAUCAUAUUAGCGGGGAGACGUUGAAAUCUACUGAAGAAAAGCCAGACCUUGAGAAAAGUUAUUCCUGUUACGAAAGCCGCACUCUGAAGUCCAAGAGCGAGCAGGAACAUGACUGUGCUACCCUGCCCAGGGCCGUCAGCAAUGCUGCGGCUGUGCGGAAGAGGACCAAGCUCCCCACGAUAGCGAGGACAGAAGUGCAAACUCAGAGGUUUUCCAUUAAUGGCCACUUCUACAACUACGAGACAUCAGUUUUUACUCCAGCUUUCGGAUCAGAAACCAAAAUAAGAAUCAACAGCCAGAUGAGAACCAGACAAGUAAUCGAACAAUUGCUGUGCAAGUUUAAGAUAGAAAACAGCCCACAUGAAUUUGCACUUUACAUUAUCCAUGCGUCCGGAGAAAAGAAGCAGCUGAGGAGUGGGGAUGUUCCCUUGCUGCACAGACUCUUACAGGGGCCCUCGGAGAAGAUAGCCAAGUUUUUUCUCAUGGACAGAGAUGUGGAGGAGAUAAGCAGUGAUGUUGCUCAGUACAUUCCAUUUCAUCUUCCCUUCUUGGAGUCAAUUCUGCACAGGAUAAAUGAAGAGGAACAACAGGAGAUUCAACAGACAAUUGCAAGGUACCUAAGGGAGAAGGCCAUCAUAUGCCGGCACCUUCACAGUCGAACUGUUCAGAAGACAGAGACUACUGUUUGAUGGGGCUGGCCGCUGGUGGGUACCCCACGCGCCGCCUGCGCCGCAGGGAAGUGAGUGUUUGCCUGAAGGUGCUGCGGCUGAGGAGCACUUGCAGCACAGGGGUGUUCCAGCUGCUGCAGCUGCUCUGGAUAAUUUCACAACCAAAACUGACCCCACUCCUCCACAGCUCUGGCACACAACCCCCGAAGCAGAUGCACUGCAUCCCCCCAGGACAGAUGC